GAUAUGUUCACUUUUAUUUUAUUUUAAGUGGUUUUAUCUAAGUGCUCUUUAUUCAUUAGCCAUACGUUAUUUUCAGGGUAUUCGUAUUCAAUACAUGUAGUUGCAUAAUGUACAUAAAUAUACAUUUUCGAUUUAUAAUUAACAGUUCACCCAUCAAUUUACAUCAUUAAUAAAACCGAAACAGGAUAUCGAAAUCGAAACUAGAAAACACAAGUAAGAGGCCAAAGGAACCAAAUUAUGUUACAGUUAAUUUUAGAAAUUUAUCGAUUUUAACUAACUGCAUACACAAGUUAAACUGUUAAGAAUCGUGGUUCUAGAGAGUAUGGCAGCUUAUAAAUUGAUCAAUUAUGUUGCGAAGAAGAACAGAUAACAAGACCUAUGAUCCCAUGGAUAGCGGCUCACAGUCAGGUUCCUCAUUUACCAGCAUGAGUAUUCAAGUGAGUGUGUAUGGGCCUGAUAGGGAAUGCAAGAAGUUUGAUGUAAAUCCUUCUUACACAUAUGAAGAAGUAUGUGAAGCAGUUGCGGAAAUGUUAGAAAUCCCACCUGUCAUGUUUCUCUGCUGUGGACUGUGUGUCAUGGAUGUGGUACAUAAACGAUUCCUUUGGUUGCCUGCAACACAAAAUGACAUUCAUUCACGCAAGGAAGUGUAUUUUCGAAUAAGAUUCCUUCCACAUGAAGACUAUAUUGAUGUUUUGGAAAGAAAAUAUUCACCAUGCUUUCAGUAUUUGUUCUAUCAGCUAAAGUGGGAUUUUUUGCAUGAAUGUUUAAGUUACUACACAGAUCCUGACAAAGCUAGUGAAGCCAGAGGGGCAGGUACUUUUUUGUUGACGAACAGUCUGCGAAUCUGGGCAAAGGAAAACAAUCAAGAUGAAAACUUCAAAGAGUUCUACAAAAAAUAUGAUCUAAAUAUGUUUUUACCUAAAUGUCUUCUUAAAAAUGUUUUUGAUAGAUUUCUGGUAAAGUCUCCCAUCAAAGAUAAGGCUCAUCAUUUGCUAAAAGACAAACAGUUACAACCUGAAGAAACCUUUAAGAAGUAUUUUGUUAAAAUAUUAUAUCAAAAAGUAACAAGUACUACGGCAUAGAAGAAUACAGAUGCUGGAAAUUGAAUUUUGCAUACAAGGGAGUGAAAGAAAGUGACUCAUCUGGAGAAACCAAAACACUCAUUCUUCCCCAGCUUAAAAACUCAGAAAAAGAAGAGGUUAUAGUGAAAACAGAGUUAAAAGGAUUGUAUCCACAGAUUACUUGUGGGACUAAGAUUCCAUGCAGGAUAGAGUCAGUACACAAAGUAGUGUAUGACAUAUUGGACUUGGAGGGUAUGGCAUGGCACAAAGUCACAAUUUUAGCACAGGGUGAUCAAGAGGAAGUGUUCUUCCAAGACAAGCUGGAGAUGUAUUCAUUCCUGACAGCUGUUGAGAAGUGCUACUGCCUAUUCGUUGAUUUCUAUGGAAAUAUAUGUCAUGAUGUACGCUCACCGACAACCUCUGAUGUACGCUCACCAACAACUUUAAAGUUACAUCAACUGAGAGUGCAUGGACCUGUUUCAGAAGAUUUUUUGAAGAAGAAACUGGAGAAUUAUCUGGAUUGUGGGCACAAGUAUGCAUUGAGGAUGAGCUUGGACUCGUAUGGUUGCUAUGAUAUGUUUUACAUGAAGAAUCAAGGAGAUAAGCUGUAUGGGUGGUCAUUUGGCAAGGUUGUUGAGACUAAAGAUGGCUACACAAUGAAAGACUCAAAUACUGAAGCUGUGGCCGAUUUGAAAACAUUAUUAAAGCAGUAUAUCAGCUCUCUAAAAUCUAUUCCAAGCAACUGCAUACGGAUUAAACCACAACAGUUUGAAGGUUGUGACGAGAUUAAGAGAUACCUGUUGGGUAUGGUGCAGCUUCAGAGCAGUGAGGCAAUCGAAGAUGAUGAGCAGGCUCGUAGGCGACUAGAAAAUGCCCCUAAAGUGUACCUGAAUAAUCAGGUUGUUAUAGGAGAUGAUAUAGAGUUUGGCUAUUUUACUGAGGUGAAGAGGGCUUUACUGAAUAAAGAACAGCCAGUGAUAGUGAAGAUAUUAAAACAACAUCAAGCCAUUAAACAGAAUCAUCAGGAGUUGCAAGAAGCACUGAUGGAGAGUGUGAGCAAGCUUAUGGAAUGGGACUCAGCCAAGUUCUUUGUGGGUUUUCAUGGUAUUUGCCUUAUGCCAGAGACCAGCAGCCUGAUGAGUGGAACCAGCUUCUGCGGCCUGAAGCAGUUUCUCUUGUCAGAAAAAACUGACAUGCCUCAACUGAAGCUGGACCAUUUGAUGCAAGUCCCAGUUUUCCUUGUGGAUGCACUUCUGUACAUGGAAAAGAAGAAUUGUUACCAUGGCAACAUCAACUGUGAUAACCUUGUUGUGGAGAGAUUUGAUAACAUGGUACUGAAACUUACUGAUCCUGGAAUGGUUACCAUUAGAAACAAGCUGCCAUUAGAUCAUUCCCUAAAUGUGGAAAGGUUGCCAUGGCUGGCUCCAGAGCGAAUUAAGCACCUGUCCAAUGUCACAGUGAAAUCUGAGGUCUGGGCCAUCGGUACAACACUGUGGCAGAUGUUUUCUGGUGCAAGGAACCCGAAUGCUGAUAUUCAGGAUAGGCUGGGCAAGACAGGGUCUACUGCUUUGUCCGAUUGUGAGGUGGUGCAGUUUUUUCAAGACAAUCAAGGUUUGAGUUGCCCCAAAUAUUUGAAGCCAGCGCCUAAUGAUCCAAGUCCGGCUUUGCUUAUGAAGGAAAAGUUUUACCAAGCCAUUCUUCCUUGCUGGACGAUAGAUAGUGAGGACAGACCAAACCCUACCAUGCUGCUGAAAAGCUUUAUUGAAAUCUGUCAGAGCUAUGGUUCUAAUUACCACACAUACAGCAGCCUAAACUACUCGGGAGUCAUUUUUGAACAUAGGGAGUCUAACAGCAGUGGACAUGAAACGAGGAAUGUACCGGACAUUUCUGCUCUUACUGACCAUGUAGGGGACCAGGGAGUUGGGACAGCAGUUGAGAGGCUGCAUGGCCAGUCCAAAGCGUCUGUGACAGCAGUCACCCUUGACCCGUCAACCAGUGAUAACAUGACCAACACAAACAAAUACAGUCUUGUCCUCAGCGAGACAUCUUUGCAGAUCUUUUGGGACAGUAUUAUUGGCAAGGGUGCAUUUGGAGAUAUCUUCAUGGGAAGGUUUGAACACAGAGAUGUAGCUGUAAAAAAGUGCCGAAAUGCCAGUGAAUACCCCAGAUUCCAGCGAGAGUUUGAACUACUGCACAAGCUCAAGUGUAAACAACAUCAUCCAAAUAUUGUAGAAUUCAUUGGCUUGUACGACUUAAAAGACACAACUAUAUGCUAUGCAUAUGUGAUGGAAUAUGCCGAGAAUCAAUCCCAGGUGAAGUACUUGCAGAAUCAGCCAGUGCCAGUGACGGUACAUCAGAAGCUCAAACUUCUCAAGGAUGCUGCCCAUGGAAUGCAGUUCCUCUUUGAGAACAACAUCAUACACUGUGGUCUGACAUCAGAAAACAUUCUAGUAAAAGCUGACCUUACUACACUCAUAUCUGACUUUGGUUGGGCCAAGGAGCUGGACACUGAUGUUGAAGACUUCACAUACAUGUACAGGCGCUCGAACCUCAAGACGAAGAUUUUUUGGUCAGCCCCAGAGGUCUUGCAAUGCAAGUAUUCAAAGUUCACAGACAAUUGGAGUUACGGUGUUGUGUGCUGCGAAGUAUUCCGUGAUGGAAAGCAGCCUUGUUUUGAUGACUUGGCAGUUGGGAACAAAGAUGAAGCUGAGAUCUACUGGCAGAAAAUCAAAAAAGGAGAUAGAUUUCCAUGCCCAAUAUUGUGUCCAAAGGAAAUUUUUGAUAGUGUCGUGUUAAGGUGCUGGGAAAAAGAGUUUAUGAAGCGGAUUUAUUUCCAUGAUAUUGUUACCUACAUUGGAUCAUGGUUGGAAAAUCAUCCGUCCUAGUUCCUGUUGGAUAAUGCUCAAGGGGUUAUAGCAACAGCCUUUAAUCAAGUUUCAGAUUUUUAGUUGGUGUUUCCUUUUAAAUUGUUUCAAGUUUGUUUGUUAUAUGUUAUUAGAUCUGUGUUGCUGGAUUCUUAUUUCCAGAUUUUUUAAAAUGAAAUUUUCAAGAUCAUUUGACUCGUUAAAAUGGAAAAACUAGAAGUAAAAUUUUCGUUGUCAUGUCUCAAAAAAUGACAUACAGCUUUUAGGUGUGUUUGUAUAUGAUUUGAUAAGAGACUUAUACAUGUUAUAUUGUUUGUACAGUAUGAACUGAUAUCUUCGAGUAUUGUUCAAAUAACUUAACAGUAUACAAGUAAGCUUACUGUAUAUAUUUUUGUUUCAUAGCUCAAAUAUCCAAGUCUUAAUGUGAUGUUUAUUUUGACUCUUAUACCUAUUCUCUUGCAAUAUUAUGUAUGAAGUAUGACCGUGGGCAACAGUUUUGACUUCCCAAAGCACACAUGUGCUGACUGUGUAAUAAUAUGUAAUCGAACGAGUACACAUCAUGGUACUUAAAUACAUUUUGACUGUACACAAUCUUAAAAUAUGUUUCAUAUGUCCUAUGUUUGUCGAAUACUUCACAUUUAUGUUUUAUAUUUACACAUACAGGGACUGAAAGCUAUGAGAAAUAAUCACAUGUGUUUCAUUGACAUCUUGUAUGAAUACAUUUUAUAUGAAGUUUAAAUUUAAGAAACAGAUUGUUUUGUUGGUGAUGUUGUUACAUUUUAUGUUAAAUAUUUAUAUUAUUUUGUGAAAUAUUUAUAUUAUUUGUAAAUUAGUGUCAAAUCAUCCUGUCUCAAAUAAGUCUUUAAUAAGGUCGCCGUGGCGUAAUGGAUAUGGUGUCCGCCUACCGACCUUGAGGUCAAGGGUUGGAUGCCCACUGUGGGAACGUUCUUUUGAUCUCCACAAAGACGUCAAGUACUGGUUCUAGGCCCAGGAAACGGACUCGGGAGCGUUUCAAAUAAGCCUGAGGCUUUCGAUGCAAUUGAGCGAAAAUAAAUAAGUUUAAACUAAAUUAGUCUUGUUUAUUCAGGUAAAUGAAUUUCAUGAACAAUUUUGAGACGUAUUAAAAUUAUGCAUUAUUUUCUAGGUAGUUGUGCUUAAACUUAUGCUAUGCUGUAAGUGCCUUAGUGAUUUUGGUCAAUAUAUUUUAUCUUUGAAUGUUUAAAUGGAUUAUUUCUACUGCAAUGGAAAGCAAAAACUAGUCUGCGCUUUAAAAUGCUAUUGAUGUGCCCCGCACAUUGUUGUUGUUAAACAGUUAUCGAUUUGUUCAUCAUAUACAUGUAACAGGUAGCAGGCUUUUUCGGCCCCAAGCUCUUUCGGCCCAGUCCGAAAUUUCAGGCUUUUUCGGCCCCAAGCUUAUUCGGCCCCAAAUCGACCAGGCUCAUUCGGCGCCAUAUAUUAUUACACCUAUUAACUAGGGUGUAUGAUUGACUAAAGGUGUUCAAAAUGAUGUAUAUUGUGUUGUCGGUUUGUUCCUUUGUAUUGCUUUUGAUUAUUUAUGAUAAAAUGAAAUUAAUUGAAAACCAUUAUUGUUUUACAAACUGUUACCAAUGUAUGUAAUUGUUUUAAUUGUUAAAUUGUGCCGGCUUUUAAUUGCAUCGAUUGUCGGUUUGUUUGUUAAAUAUUGCGUUUGAUAAAAGGUGUAAAUGAUGA